AAUGACAAUCUGAGUCUUGGGUGAAGUCGACGAUCACGAAAAGUUGGUGCCUGGGGUGACGUCACGUGCCGACGUGAGGCUCCUCAAGGACCCCUGCUCCGUGUCGAAAAUUAUCAACCCCAAAAUUUCAGAUCGGCAAACAUUUCGACUUCCGUCAAUACCCCAAAUACCAAACUAGCGAUAUACUGUACAAAAUGAAUUGCCUCUAGUGCCUUGCUAAGGUACCCGGAGAGCAUAUAUUUUGGAAGUCGCGUGUCGAUAUAUAAACCGACGCUCACAAUGGACAUCCAUCGUUGCCGCUUCGUCGAUUUCCCGCCCUCCGCAAUCAAUUGUCUGGCUUUCUCGCAUACCGAUUCCCUUCCUUCCGAUUCAUACAAUCCGGCGGUGAGACUUGCGGUGGGUCGAGCGAAUGGCGAUAUCGAAAUCUGGAAUCCGAAUCGCGGAAGCUGGGUGCAAGAGACCGUGUUCCGCGGCGGGAAGGACAGAAGCAUAGAGGGGUUAGCUUGGGUUGCCACAGACGAUGACGAAGAGGAGGAUACCACCGUCUCACAACAAGAAUGGAGGCAGAGACCAAGGCGGAUGAGGCUGUUCAGCUUUGGAUACUCAAGCUCGGUGACAGAAUGGGACCUCGCGGCAGGACUGCCACUGCGGGAAUCCACCGGUAACCACAGCGAUGUCUGGUGCAUGGCAGUUCAACCCGCAUGGAAGCCGACAUUCGACAAAGACGGCAAGCUGAUUGCAAGAGAGGGAGAAUUCAAAGGGCAAAACAUUGCAAUUGGGUGUGCGGACGGCCGAAUCGCGCUUCUCUCAACUGACAACGACGACCUCCAGUUUUCCCGGUUCAUCUGGCAAAACACAAAAUCCAAAGGAAGAGCAUUAGGGAUGGCUUUCAAGGACCGGAACAUACUUGUCGUGGGGUUUGCGGAUUCGAGGAUACGAAUUUUCGACACGCGAACCGGUCACAUCUUGCAGACAAUUGCCGUCGGUAUAGGAGCGCAACCAGGUCCGAAAGAGGUGCUGGUAUGGGCAGUCAAAUGCCUUCCGAACGGUGACAUCGUUACUGGCGACUCGACCGGCUGUCUCUAUGUGUGGGAUGGCAAACGUUAUUCCCAGUUACAAAAGAUCCAAGCUCACGAUGCGGACAUCCUGGACAUUGUUUCGAGCGCCGAUGGGUCGGCCUUAUAUUCCGUUGGCAUUGACCGAAAACAUUGCUUAUACGAACUCGAAGAGAUCCCCGGCGGCCAUGGUCUGAAGCGAUUCGUAAAGAAGGGACACAACCGCUAUCACGACAACGAUGUGAAAUCAAUCGCCGCAUACGAAAGCAAGGGCAUCAGCAUUGCAGUGUCGGGUGGUCUAGACAGCAAGCUAGUAGCCAUUCCUCUACGAGAGCGACUCAGGCAGGAACACCUUACACUUCCUGGCUUACCGCACUCUCAAGCGCUUGUAUCAAGCCCUCAAAAGCGCUUGCUGUGUAGCUGGUGGGAUCAGGAGGUCAAUAUCUGGAGGCUGAAACCAUCAGGUGGUGUGGUCGACAGCACGGAGCCUCCACAUGAGCUACUCUCGCGAAUAGCUUUGAAGGGCGAGGAGAACAUCUCCAGUGUCGACAUUUCCUACGACGGUUCGCUACUUGCCGUAUCAUCAGCUGCAGAAGUUCGGAUCUUCCAACUCCGCCUCCUAAAAAAGCCAGACCCCGAGGAAGAUUACUUAGAAAUCGAUGUCCUCCGGAUACGGAAGCUUGACAUCCCAAUAGGCUUACGCAACACCGGGGUACGCCUUGUCAAAUUCUCGCCUGACGGAAAAUGGCUUGCGGUUGUCCGUGCUGAUAGCUCCGUCAUUGCCGCGCAUUUCAUUCUGGAAGGCCUAUCCGAUGAGGACCGAGAAGCGGGGCGAGUUUCGAAGAUCAAGUGCCAUUCGAAGGUGUUCAAACUCCGACGAGCAUCGCGGUCGAAGUCAAAAGGGAACGAGGAGAACGCGUCAGCGUCGCACAUUACGUGGGGUGCUUAUCUGGACUCGAUUGCGCGAGUAUGCUUUUCUCCGGACAGUCAAAUGCUGGCAGCCAGCGAUCUGAACGGUCGAGUGGACAGCUGGGCUCUAUCCGAGGCGACACCUGGCACACUGGCCCACACGAACGGGGUAGCCAAGAAGCGCACAUCGUCGUCAUCGUCCGAAUCUGAAAGCGAGUCAAGCAGCGGUGAAGAAUCCACUAGCGAAGAUGAAGCCAUCCCGGGACCGAAUGGACAAUCCCUAACCAACGGCACUGCGACCAUCCAAAAAUGGAAAUCCAACCCGUCCACCCCGUCUCUCCCCCAACUCCCCUCGCCCGCAAUCCUCAUCUCCUUCCGCCCCUUUCCAACCCCCUCCACCCAAAACGAUGCCUCUCCCCACUCCCAACCCUACCACCUCAUGCUCCUCACCAGUACCCACCAAUUCUACGAAUUCGACCUCCUCACCGGCCACCUCACCGCCUGGAGCCGCCGCAACCCCCCCACCCACCUCCCCGAUGAUUUCACCCGCAUCAAACACCGCGCCAUCGGCUCCCAAUGGCACGUCUUCCACGCCGGCGCGUCCGUAACCCAGCGCCUGUGGCUUUGGGGUCAUUCCUGGGUCGGCAUGCUCGACAUGGGCCGCGACUUCCCCGCAGGAGGGAAGGCCGUCGAAGCCACGCCGCGGAAGAAGCGGAAGGGUAGCCACGUCGCAGACCGCGCGGACGACGCGCCGCCGACGCCUGGAUCGGCGCACAAGCGGCGGAAAUCGCACGCCACCGGCGCCGGCGACGCGAUCCGGCCGGAUAAGUUGAUGGGGCUGCAGCAGACGAUGACGGUCACCGUGGGCGGCACCGGGAAUACGCGGGAGGUCGACCUGAGCGGUGGGAAGAAACCCUACGCCCACGACGACGGGGAUGGAGACGAGAACGACGAGGCGAUCGACAUUCGCGGACUGCAACUGGGCGCGAAAGCGCGGGCGGGAGCGGACGGCGAGGACGCGCGGAUGGACGCGGUCGCUAAGAGCGGUGUCGCUUCAUCGGGCAAGGGCGCCGACGAGGGGAGAAAAGGGAAGGGGGGGCAGGAAGUGACGCGGUGGUUCACGUUUAAGUACCGGCCGAUUGUCGGGAUCGCGCGGCUCGAAGGGGGCCAUGCGGUGGAGGACGAUCAGCAACUUGUGAACGGCGAUGGAGAGGGUGCGCUCGCGCGGAUGGCGGGCGAUGAUGAGCGGGUGUUGGAGGUGGCCGUGGUGGAACGGCCGGAGUGGGAGGUGGAGAUGCCGGGGAGGAUGGAGGGACCGUAUGGGAAGUGAGGGAAGGACGAGGGGAUCUUGCAUACUUGGAGUUUUUUGUGGGAGAUUCGAGCAUCCGGAUGGAUGGGAGGGGCGAAGGUGUUGUAAUUACUGUGUGGAUAGGCAUGUUGGUGGUCAUUCCCCUGCAUUCUGGUGGGUGGCACUGAUCUGACUGAACGACCCAUCCCUCAUCAGGCGAUCUAGAAUUUGAUUUUUCUAUCCAUGAAGCACGGCUAGUAUCACCUUGUUUCUACUCUUCAUCACCUCCUCUACUCUCCCUAGGCCCCACCCUUAAUCAUAUUCUUCUCGAGCCCUUGAUCCAACGUCCCCGUGGCUGAUCGGCACGCGGCCGAUCGCGUGGCAAACGCAACUGAAACCUCGGUGGAAGGGAAAAAUCAAGGUCAUAUGCAGGCUCUUGAGUGAAAAUUUUCUGUCCCGAGACGCGCAAUGCCAUGAUUGAUAAUUUGUAC